UCUGCUACCACGGAGCGACAGCUCUCGGAGACAAGCAAGGGUUUCUGCAGGAAAAAGAGCGGGGUUUGAAAAAAGACCAGCCACCAUGACGGACAGAAGCCCCUUCGAAACGGACAUGCUCACCCUCACCCGCUAUGUGAUGGAAAAGGGGCGGCAGGCGAAGGGGACGGGGGAGCUCACGCAGCUGCUGAACUCCAUGCUGACGGCCAUCAAGGCCAUCUCCUCGGCCGUGCGCAAGGCCGGCCUGGCCAACCUGUAUGGGAUUGCGGGAAGUGUGAACGUGACAGGGGAUGAGGUGAAGAAACUGGAUGUGUUGUCCAACUCCCUGGUGAUCAACAUGCUCCAGUCCUCCUACAGCACCUGUGUACUGGUCUCAGAGGAGAAUAAAGAGGCGAUAAUCACCCCCAAGGACAAGAGGGGGAAGUAUGUGGUCUGCUUUGACCCCCUGGAUGGAUCUUCCAACAUCGACUGUCUGGCCUCCAUUGGCACCAUAUUUGCCAUCUACAGGAAGACCUCGGAGGAGGAGCCUUCGGAAAAGGAUGCCCUGCAGCCAGGCCGCAACAUCGUGGCCGCGGGCUAUGCCCUCUACGGCAGUGCCACCCUCGUGGCUCUUUCCACUGGGCAAGGAGUGGACCUCUUCAUGCUUGACCCAGCUCUUGGUGAAUUUGUUCUGGUAGAAAAAGAGGUCAAAAUUAAAAAGAAAGGAAAUAUUUACAGCCUCAAUGAGGGCUACGCCAAGUAUUUUGAUGCUGCCACCACGGAAUAUGUGCAGAAAAAGAAAUUUCCUGAGGACAGCGGGGCGCCCUAUGGGGCCAGGUAUGUGGGCUCCAUGGUGGCCGAUGUGCACCGCACCCUGGUCUAUGGAGGGAUUUUCCUAUACCCAGCGAACCAGAAGAACCCUAAGGGCAAGCUCCGGCUCCUGUACGAGUGCAAUCCCGUGGCCUUCAUCAUUGAGCAGGCGGGGGGCUUGGCGACCACAGGUACCCAGCCGGUGCUGGACGUGAAGCCCGAGGCCAUUCACCAACGAGCCCCCCUUAUUCUGGGGUCCCCGGAUGAUGUGCAGGAAUAUCUCACCUGUGUACAGAGAAACCAGGCAGGCAAGUAGUGAGUCUGACCCUGCAAGCCCUCUGCUUUUUGUCUUGUCCUCUGCAUUAAGAACCCGAAAUGACUGAUAGGCAGAAACAGUGGUGAUGAGUCACAACAGGCCAGUCCACCCAACCACAAACAGAAAAGCAGCAUCAACCUGCUCAGGACAGGUCUAGAGGCCAGAGGAGACUCUGUCCUCAGUGCACAUGGCUAAGAAUAAAGGUCCACAUGU